AUGUCGUCCCCGGAAAAGAAGAAGAAGAAAAUGGAGGAGCCGUCAUCGCCGACGCAGAAAACAUGUUCCCAAAACCCUUCUCUUCCAGAUGAUCUGCUAAUAAGCUGCAUCGCACGCAUGUCAAGAUUGUACUAUCCGACUCUCUCCCUCGUCUCCAAGAGCUUAAGAUCGCUACUUACUUCACCGGAGCUUUACAAGACUCGUUCAGUGUUGGGCUACACCGAGAGUUGUCUCUAUGUGUGCUUGGAGUCUUAUAAUCCUGAAUCAUGUCGCUUGUACACCCUCUGCCGAAAACCUGCUCAAACCCUAACCAAUAAGGAGAAGAAGAAGUCAAGCGGGAUUGUUUUGGUUAGAGUCCCAACUCUACACUAUCUUCUUCAAAAGUCCCCGGUUCUUGUAGCAGUUGGUUCUGAUAUCUACAAAAUCGGAUCCAGAGGCCAACUACUUCAAUUGGCCAUCCUCUAG